UUUUUCGCUUUCCCUUCUCUGGUUCAAAAAAUCGCCUGCAGUCUGUCAAGUGCCUACCACAAGCAAUAGCUUCCAUAUUUAAUAUCCCCGAAAUACCCUUCUAUUGCCGUUAAAUUUCCACUCUCUGCCCUCCUUUUCCAACAACAACACGUUAUAUUAAAUAAAUAACAAUAAAAAUAACACUUGCAUUACAGAGCUUCUUGAAUCUUGUGGCGUCCUGUGAGUGAAACGAGAAUGGUGGAGCCGGGGACACAUGCGAACGAGGAGGAGCUUUCACUGUUGUCUCUCAACAACAAUGGUGAUGGCUCGUGGAGGCUAAACUUUGAUGGAUAUCAGUUAUCUGCAGGGCAUAAAGAGAAAAAGCCGCCUCGAGGUCUCCACGAUUGCCUUGGUGUUUUAGGUCCAGAAGAUGAUGUAGCCGAGUACUAUCAGCAGCAGGUGGAAAUGCUCGAGGGUUUUAAUGAAAUGGAUGCCUUAGCAGAGCGUGGCUUUAUUCCUGGAAUGUCAAAGGAAGAGCAGGAGAGUUUGGCUAGAAGUGAGACCUUUGCUAUCAGAAUAUCAAAUCUUGCUAAUAUGGUUCUUUUUGCUGCUAAGGUUUAUGCCUCUAUCAGAAGUGGUUCAUUAGCCAUUAUUGCAUCCACAUUGGACUCUCUGCUUGAUCUUCUGUCUGGCUUCAUCCUGUGGUUUACUGCAUUCACUAUGCAAACACCAAAUCCAUAUCAGUACCCUAUUGGAAAGAAGCGCAUGCAGCCAUUGGGGAUUCUUGUUUUUGCCUCUGUAAUGGCAACUCUGGGACUGCAGAUAAUCUUGGAAUCAGUACGCACAUUGUUAUCUGAUGAGAAUGGAUUUGAUUUGACCAAAGAGCAAGAGCGUUGGGUUGUGGGGAUUAUGCUUUCAGUGACUUUGGUAAAACUUUUGCUGAUGGUUUAUUGCCGCUCUUUUACUAAUGAGAUCGUUAAAGCUUAUGCCCAAGACCACUUUUUUGAUGUCGUUACAAAUAUUAUUGGCCUUAUUGCUGCACUUCUUGCUAAUUACAUGGAAGAAUGGAUGGACCCUGUUGGGGCAAUAAUUCUAGCCUUGUACACCAUUCGAACAUGGUCAAUGACAGUGUUAGAAAAUGUGAACUCCCUCGUUGGAAAAUCAGCUACUCCAGAUUAUCUGAAAAAGCUCACAUACCUUUGUUGGAACCAUCACAAGGCCGUUAGACACAUCGAUACGGUCCGGGCUUACACCUUUGGGUCCCACUAUUUUGUUGAGGUUGACAUUGUACUGCCUGCUAGCAUGCCGUUGCAAGAGGCUCACGACAUCGGGGAAUCCCUACAGGAAAAGCUUGAGCUGCUGCCGGAGAUUGAGCGCGCCUUUGUUCAUCUUGAUUAUGAAUUCACACACAAGCCCGAGCAUGCACAAUCACUCCCAUAGUAAGAUGGAAAUCUAAUCCCUUUGUUCUGUUGUUUUGGUUUUUCCCAAACAAGGUCUACCACGUACCAAGUCCAUGAAGAAUAUGCAAAUGGAUGAUGAGUAAUUGCUGGCAAAGAGCAUAUGCAAAUGGUUGUUAACUGCAGAUUCACUAAUUUAUCGAUUUGAAAUCGCAAAGUGGUGAUCCUUUCCUUCAGACAAAGGGAAGAUGGCUUGGAGAAAAAAUUGUCUAUAGAUUAAGAUUUGCACUAUAUUUGAGAAGUAAUGAAUUUUAUGGUAGAGGUUGAUUGCUGUUUUCUUCUGAUA